AUGGACCGCUCAAAGGACGCGAACAAGGUUACGUUCGAGGAAGCGCUCACUAGAACAGGCUUUGGACUGUAUAGCUACCUCGUGGUGAGCCUCGCGGGAUGCAUAGUACUCGCGCUGGUGUGCAUCGCGUUCGGCACCACCAUCAUCAUUCCCACCAGCGCCUGCGAGCUGGGCACCACCUCCUCGCAGCGAGGGAUCCUGGCUGCUGCACCGGUUGUAGGGUUGAUCCUCGGCGCAUUGAUAUGGGGUUACCUGGCGGAUAUAUUCGGAAGGAGAUUAACUCUGAUGAUAUCGCUUAUCGCGUCGGCGGCGGUCAACUGCCUCGCCAGCUUAUCAGUCAACUGGUGGAUGCUAAUGUUUCUACAAUUUUUUUCCACGUUCCUAUGUGCGGGCUUGUAUCCGCAAGCUAUGACGAUCGUCAGCGAGAGUGUUCCGUUGAGUAAGAGGAACUUAUCCGUGUUGCUGGUGGGCAGCAUAUUCCUCCUGGCGCAAGGACUUAUGGCAUUGUUAGCGAUACCAAUAAUACCGCUCACCUUCUCGUACUAUUUGCCAAGUCUUGGCAUCUACUGGAACUCCUGGAGAACGCUUUUGAUUGUGUACUCUAUGCCUAGUCUGCUCUCCGCAUUAUGGCUAUAUUUCAUGUGCGAGAGCCCCAAGUUCCUGAUUACUAAAGGUCGAGAGACAGAGGCGAUGGAAGUUUUGAGGAAAAUGCAUAGGCUGAAUAAUUUAGGAACAAAGACUGAACUAAAAGUAAAAGAGGCAAUUCUGUUACUACCGCUCGAGGAUAUAAACUCCAAAUCGAGUAAUAACCAAUGCGCACCGUUGUUCAGGCCGCCCUUGCUGAAAUCUACAAUCAUCAUGACAAUUUUGUAUUUAUUUCAACAAAUGCCAGCAUUUCUGGUCUGGUUCCCAACUAUUGCCGCUCAGUUCGUGCACAUACUGGAGACAGGCGAGGGCUCGAAUCUCACAUUAUGUAGCAUCAUUAGGAAAAGCAUUGAGUCACCUCCCGAGGCUGCGGAUUCUUGCAACUUAAAUGUCACAUCACUUCUUAUAGUCCUGGCUUUUGGUGCCGUACAGUCCCUAGCGAAUGUUGUUAUAAGCUUCGUCGUUGAUUUCACCGGUCGACGCAACUUGGUUAUGCUCGUAACCGGCCUUUGUGGAAUUUGCGGUAUCCUCGUUAACCUGAUACCCAACGCCAUCGCCAGCGGGGUUAUGUUCUUGAUAUUCCUCAUCGGCAUCGUCACUUCGGGACUGUACACUGCCAUCGCUGUCGCUUUGUUUCCCACUUCUCUUAGAACUCUAGCGGUUGCGUUGAUCACGACAGGGCAUCGGAUUGGGUCCUUCGCGUCUAUGCAAAUCGUCAAUCUACUCUUCGAAACUAACUGCGAAGCUGGUUUCUACGUGUACGCGACUAUAUUUGCGUCGUCUGCUGUUGUAGCAUCAUUUCUAAUCGACGAUCGGAAACUUGGACGGGUAUGCAAAGACGCUACAAAGUUAUAGUCUGAACGCACCUUCAUCUCACACCAAAAUCACGUGUGCAUAAAUCCUCUUUGCAGAAAAUGCAACAGUCUUUUUAAGUUUAAACUGCGCCAAAAAUGAUUUGUUAAAGUGUUGGGUGCCACGAUUGCCAAUUAUGUGCCCUUAUAAUAUAAGUAUAAUAAUUAUCUACUUUAAGACUUGUACCUACAUUCGCAAUGGUUAAUUUUCUAAAUUAACCCUCAG